AAUGGGUACCUGUCAAAUUCGGGUACCCACUCCCACUACAGCUGCGAUAACCUAGGUGAUCGGAAGCGGAAGUUGUCCUCCCCCCUUCCUCUACGUACUUUUCUGGGACACAUGACAGGUCCUCAAAGACUACAUGGCCAUUCAGGAAGCACAGCGCUACUCGCACAUGUGCAGUGGGCACCCGGCUGUGAAGCCGCAAGCUGUCACAGCCGGGUGCCCACACUGAAGAUGCCGGCGCCUGGAACUUACGAUGACUAGUGAUGGACUGCAGGGAGGACACCGCGG